GACAUUGCUUUGGCAAUGACUCCAUUCACAGAGGAGGAGAAGACCACGGGUCUGUGGUGGAAGCAGCUGACUGCAGGAGCAGUGGCGGGUGCUGUGUCCCGUACAGGAAGCCCUCUGGACAGAAUGAAGGUCUUCAUGCAGGUGCACGCUUCUAAAACCAACAAAAUCAGCCUGGUCAGCGGCUUUAAGCAAAUGCUAAAAGAAGGAGGGGUGACUUCUUUGUGGAGAGGAAAUGGUAUCAAUGUCAUGAAGAUCACCCCCGAGACAGCCAUUAAAUUCAUGGCUUAUGAACAGUAUAAGAAGCUGCUGUCCAGUGAACCGGGUAAGGUGAGGACCCACGAGAGGUUCAUGGCAGGAUCAUUGGCUGGAGCCACCGCACAAACUGUCAUCUACCCCAUGGAGGUGAUGAAAACCCGUAUGACCCUGAGGAAAACCGGACAGUACUUGGGAAUGUUUGACUGUGCCAAGAAAGUCCUGAAGAAUGAGGGAGUGAAGGCGUUUUACAAGGGCUACAUUCCCAAUAUUCUGGGCAUUAUCCCCUAUGCUGGGAUAGAUCUGGCAGUGUAUGAGAGCUUGAAGAACUUCUGGUUGUCCCAGUAUGCCAAAGACACAGCCAGUCCAGGGGUUCUGGUGCUGCUGGGCUGUGGUACCAUUUCCAGCACCUGCGGCCAGCUGGCCAGCUAUCCCCUGGCUCUGAUCCGAACCCGCAUGCAAGCACAAGCUUCUGUUGAGGGCUCAGAGCAGCUGCCGAUGAAUCUGAUGGUGAAGAAGAUUAUGGAAAAGGAGGGCUUCUUUGGACUUUACCGUGGCAUCCUGCCCAAUUUCAUGAAGGCCAUACCAGCCGUCAGCAUUAGUUACGUGGUGUAUGAGUACAUGCGGUCUGGUCUGGGUAUUCAGAAGUAGGCAGCAGAGUCCUCUGUGACCGCAUGUGUUUACGAGUGUAAGAAAAGGUGCACCCAACUUUUUUUAAAAUUUCAAAACACUCCCUCCUUUUUUCCAUAUGUUGUUUGCCCUUGUUUACCUGCAGUCCACUGAAGUCUGGACUCAAACAGCCGCAGAUGGAACCUUUGUAGAUGUGACCGCAGGCCUUUGCUCAUACAAAGAAAAUCCUGCAGCACUAACGCAGGGCUGACAAUGAGUAAGAAGA